ACAAGAUUCCACAAUCACGCUGAAAGAAGAGCUGGAGUCAUGGGAGACAACAUACCAGGAGGAAUUGUAGCUGCUGCAAAGAACCGUCUGCAGGUUGUAAAGGGUUUGGAGGAUGUGGAGGUGUCAGAGUGUGAGAGCUGCUCCUUUGACGUGACUCUGAAUCUGGCCUAUAUCGAGGGUGUGUGGACCAGAGAUGGGGUGCAGCUCAAGUCAAAACCCAACUGUCGCAUCAGCACGCAUGGGAAGAAACACUCCCUCAUACUGAACAGGGUGGCUUUGGGAGACGCAGGAUUGUUCGCUUUUCAGGCCAAUGGCAUUCAGACGUCAGGCAGACUGCGAGUCACAGCUAGGGACAUCCACAUAGUGACGGAGCUGGAAGAUGUUGACACGAUGGAGCGUCAACCUGUGAACUUCCUCUGUGAGGUCAAUCAGGUGGAUUUGGAGGGUCGGUGGUACAGAGAUGACUGCCGAAUUCGACCUGGGGACAACAUCAAGAUCAGACACCAGGGUAAAACUCACACCCUGUGUUUCAAGUCAGUCAGGCCAGAGCAUGCUGGAGAGAUCAGAUUCACAGCGGAGCGUGUCUCAUCUUAUGCAACUCUCGAAGUGAAAGAGCUCCCAGUCCAAAUUCUGCGUCCUCUGAGGGUUAAGAUAGCUAUGUAUCGUCACCGUGGUCUGCUGGAGUGCCAAGUAUCACGGCCUAAUGCUCAGGUCAGAUGGUACAAAAACAGGAAGGAGCUCCUGCCCAGUAAGAAGUACCAGCUGAUCAGCCAAGACGUCUACAGGCAGCUGACCAUCGAUGAUGUUUGUUCUUCAGAUGAGGACACCUACACCUGUGAUGCAGGGGAUGACAAAACCUCAUGUCAGCUUCUUGUGGAGGAGCAGGCUAUCACUAUAGUACGGGGGAUGAGCUCAGUGGAGGUGAUGGAGCCAGAGCCAGCACUGUUCCAAGUGGAGACCAGCCUGAAAUCAGGGAGGCCCCCCCGGUGGACCCUGAACAGUGAGGUGUUGGAGCCAUGCGCAGCAGUGAACAUCGACAGGCAGGGCACCCUCCACAGUCUCUGUCUCACCUCCACAGACAGCUCCAUGUCUGGGCCUGUGCUUUUUGUAGCUGGCAAGAGUCGUUCCACCGCUCAGCUCACCGUCAAAGAGCGGCCUCUUCAGGUUGCCCACCACUUGGAAGAUGCAGAGGCAAAGGAGAACAGCUCUGCCACUCUGAGCUGUACGUUCGCCCCCUCUCCCAGGGCGGUGCGGUGGUUUAAAGGUCGUACGGCUCUGAGGACCUCCAACAAGUACAGCAUGAAGAGGGAAGGCAAACGAGCACAGCUGAUCAUUCAUGGCCUGACAGCGAUGGACGCAGGACAGUACCGCUGCGUGGCUGGGGGCGCACAGAGCACAGCACAUGUUAAGGUAGAAGUGAAAACGCUGAAGUUGGUAAAACACCUCGAGCCAGUGGAAAUCGAGGAGGACGGCAUUGCCACAUUCUCAUGUGAGCUCAACUACGUGGUUGCCAACGUGGAGUGGCUCCUCAACAAUGUUCGCAUCUACUGCAAUGCCAUCAACAGGAUCCAGCACAUGGGCACUAUGCACAGUCUCACAAUCAAGAAAUCACGGCCACAGGAGAGCAGGGUCACCUUCAAAGCCGGCCUUCUCUCUGAGACAACCACCUUAAAGGUCAAAGAGCGACCAGCAGUGUUCCUGAGGUCUCUGGAGGAUGCAGUGGGAGAAGAGCAAGGAGAAGUCUGCCUGCAUUGUGAAAUUUCCAAAGAGACAUUGACUCCUGUUUGGAAGAAGGAUGGCAUGGUCCUAACAGCCAAUGAUAAACAUGAGUUACUCCAGUUUGGGAAGUCCAUGGCACUGAUCAUCCAUUCCCUGUGCAAGGAUGAUGCUGGACAGUACACCUGUGACCUGGGCACCAGCCAGACCAAGGCUAAAGUUACUGUACAUGACUUACACAUCACUAUUGUUCAUCGUAUAAAGACAACAUCUGUUCUGGAAGGUGAAAGCUGCACUUUUGAUUGUCUCCUUUCUCAUGAUCUCGAUGAUGAGCCUUCCUGGACCAUCAAUGGCCAGCUGGUUGUCACAAAUAGCCGUAUCCAGGUUAUCAACAAUGGCCGCAACUAUAAGAUGACCAUCAGAGAUGCUAUACUGACCGAUGCUGGCGACGUGGUCUUCACAAUUAAAGACCUCAGUUGUCGGACCAUGCUCUUUGUUAAAGAGAAGCCAGUGCACAUCUUCAGGGAGCUGCUGAAUGUCAAGGCGGUGCCAGGCGAGGACGCAGAGCUGAGCUGUGAGAUCACCAAAACAGAAGUCACGAUCCGCUGGCUGAAAAAUGGCCACUUAAUCAGGCAGAGCCCCAAGUAUGAAAUGAGUGUCGAGAAGAACCUGGCGCGACUGGUGAUCAAGAAUACCACCAUCAGAGACUCUGGAGAGUACUGCUGUGAGGCUGACGGCGUCGCCUCGCGUGCCAAGCUGGAUAUCAGAGAGCUCCAGCACACAUUUGCAAAGGAAUUAAGAGGCACACGAGGAGAGGAAAAGGGUAAAGUGACUCUGGAGUGUGAGACCAGGCGGCCAGCCAAGCGCGUGACCUGGCUGAAGGGCAUGGUGGAGCUGAGGUCCGGUAGGAAGUACGUCAUCAGGCAGAAGGGUGUGGUGCUGUCCCUGACCAUCACCUGUCUGGACAAAUCUGACACAGAUGUUUACACAUGUGAUGUCGGUACCAUGCAGAGCAGGGCACAGCUGACUGUGCAGGGUCAGAAAGUGUUGAUCCUGGAUGAAUUAGAGGACGUCGAGUGUCUGGAGGACGACACUGUCACAUUCAGGUGUCGAAUUUGCCCAAGUGACUACGUUGGGGUCAAGUGGUAUCUGGAUGAGACUCUGCUGUACACCAAUGAGCUCAAUGAGAUCCAGAUGGUGCCUGGGGGCUACCACACUCUCACGUUUAGACAACUGGCCCGCAAAGACACUGGCACCAUCUCGUUUGCAGCGGGGGACAAAAGAUCGUAUGCCUCACUUUUGGUUAGAGAGAGGCGUCCCACUAUCAUCAAAGCACUGGAGGAUUGUGAAGCUAUUGAAGGAGGUGGUUUAAUUUUGUCUUGCGUGGCCUCCAAGCCAUGUCACAUCCUGUGGUACAAAGAUGGCUGCCUGAUGUGGAACUCUUCAAGGUAUUUUGCCAGUCGUAACGGCUGUGAGGCCCGGCUGAUGAUUCGGGAGGUCUGUAACAAUGAUGCCGGAGUUUACGAGUGCAGUGCUGGAUCUGUUACGACAAGGGCUGUUGUAACUGUCAAAGCCAUCCCAGCAGAGUUCAUCCAGGCUCUACAGUCUGUGGAGGCCAAAGAGGGGGAGACCAUCACCCUGACCUGUGAAUACUCUCUGCCUGGAGUCCAGUCCCACUGGAGGAGAGGUUUUGAGAGUAUCAGGUCUGGAGACAAGUACCUGAUGAAACAGAGAAGGACAAUCAAUACACUGACCAUCAAAGCCCUGAAGCCCGAGGACUCUGGAGAAUAUACCUGUCAGUGCAGAGAUCACCGCACCUCAGCCAGCCUCAAAGUGCAUGCUAUCCCUAUUACAUUCAUACAGCAGUUAAAGAACAUGCAAGCAGAGGAGGGAAGCAAUGUGUUAUUGCGCUGUGAGCUGUCUAAACCUGGUAUUCCAGUGCAAUGGAGGAAGGAACACGAGCUGUUGAGAAAUGGAGUGAAAUACCAGAUAAGGAAGAGAGAGACGACCGUGGAGCUUCUGAUCUGGAAGCCUGUUCCUGAGGACAGUGGGCUCUACAGCUGUGUGUGUGCUGAUCAGAUGACGUCUGCCACUGUCAGAAUCAAUGCUCUUCCAGUCACCUUCAAGCAGAAGCUGAGAAAUGUGAUGAUCGAGGAGGGCAGCACUGCGGCUCUACGCUGUGAGCUGUCGAAGCCUGGUCACGCAGUGGAGUGGAGGAAGAGCGGGACUGAACUCAUCAGGAGUGGAGAGAAAUAUCACAUGCGGCAGAGAGACGGGCUGAUUGAACUGAGGAUUCUCGAUGUGACACCAGAGGACAGCGACAUCUACACAUGCAUCUGUGGAAACAUAGAGACCACUGCAACUCUGACUGUUAAUGCUCUUCCAAUCACAUUCAAGCAAAAGCUGAAAAACAUCCAAAUGGAGGAAGGACACAACAUCAUGCUGUACUGUGAGAUCUCUAAACCUGGUGUCCCCGUGGAGUGGAGGCUUGGCGGAGAUCUGCUGGAGAACGGAGAGAAGUACCAGAUUAAGCAGAGAGGCUCGGCACUGGAGCUGAUCAUCAGAGAUGCUGAACCAGAGGACAGCGGGGUCUACACCUGUGUGUGCAGAGAGCAGAAAACAAAGGCCACUGUUAAAGUUAUUGCUGUUCCCACCACAUUUAAAGUGAGCCUGAAGAGUCAGGAGGCUGAAGAGGGAAACAGUGUGACUUUACACUGUGAGCUGUCAAAGAAGGGCGUCCCGGUGCAGUGGCAGAAAGACGCUCAGGUGCUGUCUGAGUUUGCAUACCGAGGAAAGAUUCAGGUCAAACUGGAAGGAAAGACAGCUCAGUUGACUAUUCUAAAUGUCCAACCAGAAGAUGCCGGGAAGUACAGCUGCAUCACGGGAGAUGAGAAAACCACAGCUGAAGUCAGAGUGAAACCACUUCCUGUGACAUUCAAACGAGAGAUCAAGCGCCUGGUGGUGAUGGAAGGGGACAGUGGUGUUUUCUGUUGUGAGCUCUCCAAAGCUGGAGCUCCGGUGGAGUGGAGGAAAGGCAGGACGAUCCUGAAGCCUGGAGACAAAUAUGAGAUGAAGCAGGAGGGACCCUUCAUUAAACUAGUCAUUAACAACGUAGAGGAGAGUGAUGCUGGCAAAUAUAUCUGCAAGACCAAAGACAGACAAUCAACAGCUGAGCUAAUUGUCCAAGAUUUACCUCCAAGUUUUAAGAUGCCACUAGUCAACCAGGAGGUGAUGGAGGGCAACAGUGUGGUUCUGCGCUGUGAGCUCAACAAACCUGCCCCGGCGGUGGAGUGGAGGAGAGGAUCAGAGCUGCUGAGAAAUGGAGACAAAUACCAGAUGAGGAAGAAGGACCUGCAGGUGGAGAUGAAGAUUGUGGAGCUCAGUCUGGAGGACACUGGAGAUUAUAUCUGUAUUUGUGGAGAACAGAGUACACAGGCUAAGGUCACUGUGAAUGAGCGGCCCAUUAAAUUCCUUCAAGAACUGAAAAAUAUUCAGGUGCAGGAGGGCAACGGAGUGACACUCAGCUGUGAGCUCUCCAAAGCUGACACCCCUGUGCAGUGGAAGAAGGGAGACAACGUGCUGACCAACGGAGAAAAAUACCAGAUGAAGCACAGCGGCUCCACUGUGGAGCUCCUCAUCAGGAAAAGCCAGCCUGAGGACAGUGGCACAUACAGCUGUGUUUGUGAUGACAUAAAAACUACUGCCACCAUCAUCAUCACCGCGAUCCCGGUAACCUUCAAGCAAAAGUUGAAGAACCAGGAGGCUGUGGAGGAGGGCAGUGUGACGCUGCGCUGUGAGCUCUCUAAAGCAGGAGUCCCAGUGGAGUGGAGGAAAGAUGCUCAACUUUUGAAGGAGGGAGAAAAAUAUCAGAUGAAGCAAGAGGGCAGGAUCACUGAGAUGCUUAUCAGAAAGUUAACUCUUGCAGAUUUAGGAGAGUAUAGCUGUUUAGUUGGCAAUGUUGUGACUUCAGCUGACAUCAAAGUAAGAGCACUUCCCGUCACAUUUAAACAAGAGCUGGAGAAUUUGGAGGCGAAGGAAGGGGACAGUGCAGUUUUCUGCUGCGAGCUCUCCAAACCUGGAGCUCCAGUGGACUGGAGGAAAGGCAGAGUCGUACUUAAACCUGGAUACAAAUAUGAGAUGAAACAGGAGGGACGUCUCACUAAACUGAUUAUCAACAACCUGGAGGAGAAUGAUGCUGGGAAAUACACCUGCAAGACCAGUGACACCCAAUCAACCGCUGAGCUCACUGUCAAAGCUCCUCCCAUCACGUUCAAGACAAAGUUAAGGAACCAGCAGGUGGAGGAAGAGAACAGCGUGACGAUGAACUGCGAGCUGUCUAAGCCCGGCCUUGCUGUGGAGUGGAGGAAAGGACAAGAGGUGCUGAAGAAUAAUUUCAAGUACCAAAUUAAAAAUCGAAACAGCAGCAUGGAGCUGACCAUCAAAAACUCACAGCUGGAGGACAGCGGACUUUACAGCUGUGUCUACGGUGAUGUCAAGACCACAGCCAACAUCACCAUUACACCAAUCCCCCUCACCUUUAAAUUGGGUCUGAAGAACCAGGAGGCACCUGAAGGAGGCAACGUGUCCCUUCGCUGUGAGCUGUCCAGGGCCGGGGUGCCUGUGCAGUGGUGGAAAGGGGAGGACCGCCUCAGUCAUGGGGGAAGGUACCAGAUGACGCUGGAGGGGAAGACAGCUGAGAUGCACAUCAAAAACAUCCAACCUGAGGAUGUCGGGGAGUACAGCUGCAUCCUGGGAGAGCAGAAGACAACAGCUGAAGUCAACGUCAGAGCUGCAGCAUCGGUGUUCUUUGAGAAGGAACUGGAAAGCCAAGCGGUGAUGGAGGGCAAACCUGUGCUGUUUUCUUGCGAGGUUUCCAGCGCUAAUGUCCCUGUCACUUGGAAGAAGGACAACAUUGUGUUGGAGGAAGGAGGACGAUACAUUUUAAAGAAGAAAGGCCCAACACACACCCUAGAGAUCAAGAAACUGCACCUGGAGGAUGCUGGAGAGUACUGCUGUAUCAGCAGAGGCAAGAAGACCACGGCCAAGCUCAUUGUGAGGGCUUCCUCUUCCUCCACAGAGCGCGUACGGAUCGUUACAGAGCUGCAGGGUAUAACGGUGACAGCGGGUGAAGAUGCAGUGUUUGUCUGUGAGCUGAGCCACGCAGAUGUGAGUGAGGGUGUCUGGUGGCUCGGCUCCAGCCCUCUGCAGAAGAACGAGAUGAACCAGAUGACGUGUCAGGGUCGUGAGCACCGACUGGUCCUCACCAUGACGACGCCUGAGGAGACGGGCAUCGUGGCGUUUGUAAUUGGAGAGGAGAGGACCUCUGCACGUCUGCUAGUUGUUCCUAAGGCCAAAGUUUUAUUUGAAGAGAAGCCGAAAGAUGUUGUGAUCAUGGAAGGAGAGACAGCCGCUUUGUCCUGCACCAUCUCUGAUUACACCUCCCUGGUUACCUGGAAGCGCAACCACAUCUCCCUCCGAAAUGGGGAGAAAUAUGAGAUGCUUAAGGAGGGAAAAGUCAACCUGUUGCUAAUCCGUGAUGUGGAUCCUCUGGACACUGGUACAUACUGCUGUGAUACAGGAGAUGUGCAGAGUAGUGCGAAAGUGACUGUAACAGAGCUCCCUCCAUUCUUCCAAGAAGAAUUGCAGAGUGUGGAAGCUGAAGAGGGAGGUUCAGCCUCUCUGUACUGCGAGCUGUCUAAACUUGGAGUGCCGAUUCAAUGGAAGAGGAACAGACUCCCACUAAAAGCCAGCAGAAAGUAUGAGAUCAGGCAGGAUGGCUGCCUCCUCCAGCUGCACAUCAAGGAGCUCAAACUUGAGGACAGUGGCAGCUACUCGUGUCAAGCAGGAGGUGCAGAGACCAGUGCAACUGUGACAGUGAAAGAGCUCCCUCCAUUCUUCAAGAAAGAAUUAAGAAGUGUAGAGGCUGAGGAGGGAGGUGUAGCCUCUCUGUGCUGUGAGCUGUCUAAAGCUGGAGUGUCAGUGCAAUGGAAGAAGAACAGACUGCCACUAAGAGCCAGCAGGAAGUACGAGAUAAGGCAAGAUGGCUGCCUCCUGCAGCUGCACAUCAAUGAGCUCAAACCUGAGGACCGGGGAAGCUACACAUGUCAAGCAGGAAGUGCAGAGACCACUGCAACUGUGACAGUGAAAGAGCUCCCACCAUUUUUCAAAGAAGAACUGCAGAACGUGAAGGUUAACGAGGGAGGUACGGCCUCUCUGUGCUGUGAGCUGUCUAAAGCUGGGGUGUCAGUACAAUGGAAGAAGAACAAGAUGCCGCUGAGAGCUAACAGAAGGUAUGAGAUGAAGCAAGAUGGCUGCCUUGUUCAGCUCCACAUCAAGGAUCUCCAGCCUGAGGACAGUGGAAGCUACACAUGUCAUGCAGGAAGUGCAGAGACCACUGCAACUGUAUCAGUAAAAGAGCUCCCACCAUUUUUCCAAGAAGAACUGCAGAAUGUGAAGUUGGAGGAGGGAGCUACGGCCUCUCUGUGCUGUGAGCUGUCUAAACCUGGAGUAUCAGUACAAUGGAAGAAGAACAAUCUGCCACUGAGAGCUAACAGGAAGUAUGAGAUGCGGCAGGAUGGCUGCCUCCUACAGCUGCACAUCAAGGAUCUCAAACUUGAGGACAGUGGCAGCUACACAUGUUACGCAGGAAGUGCAGAGACCACUGCAACUGUGACAGUGAAAGAGCUGCCUCCAUUCUUCAAGGAAGACUUAGAAAGUGUGGAGGUUGAAGAGGGAGGUACGGCCUCUCUGUGCUGUGAGCUGUCUAAGUCUGGAGUGUCAGUACAAUGGAGUAAAAACAGGCUGCCGCUGAGAGCAAACAGGAAGUACGACAUGAAACAAGAUGGCUGCCUCCUACAGCUCCACAUCAAGGAUCUCAAACCUGAGGACAGUGGCAGCUACUCGUGUCAAGCUGGAAGUGCAGAGACCACUGCAACUGUGUCUGUAAAAGAGGUUGUACCAUUCUUCAAGAGAGAUUUGGUAAGUGUAGAGGCUGAGGAGGGAGGUACAGCCUCUCUUUGCUGUGAGCUGUCUAAGCCUGACGUAUCAGUGCAAUGGAAGAAGAGCAGGCUGCCACUGAGAGCUAACAGGAAGUAUGAUAUAAAACAAGAUGGCUGCCUCCUCCAGCUCCACAUUAAGGAUCUAAAACCUGAGGACAGCGGCAGCUACUCGUGCCAAGCAGGAAGUGCAGAAACCACCGCUACCGUGUCUGUAAAAGAGGCUGUACCGUUCUUCAAGGCAGACUUGGAAAAUGUGAAGGUUGAGGAAGGAGGUACGGCCUCCCUGUGCUGUGAGCUGUCUAAGCCUGGAGUGUCAGUGCAAUGGAAGAAGAACAGACUGCCACUGAGAGCAAACAUGAAGUACGAGAUGAUGCAAGAUGGCUGCCUCCUCCAGCUCCACAUCAAGGAUCUCAAACCUGAGGACAGUGGCAGCUACUCGUGUCAAACAGGAAGUGCAGAGACCACUGCUACUGUGACAGUAAAAGAACUUGCAGCAUUCUUCAAGGAAGACUUACAAAGUGUGGAAGUUGAGGAGGGAGGUACAGCCUCUCUUUGUUGUGAGCUGUCCAAAGCAGGACUGUCAGUACAGUGGAAGAAGAACAAUCUGCCACUGAGAGCAAACAGGAAGUACGAGGUAAAGCAGGCUGGCUGCCUCUUCCAGCUGCAUAUCAAGGAUCUCAAACCUGAGGACAGUGGAAGCUACUCAUGCCAGGCAGGAAGUGCGGAGACCACUGCAACUGUGACAGUGAAAGAGCUUGCUCCAUUCUUCAAGGAAGACUUAGAAAGUGUGGAUGUUGAGGAGGGAGCUACAGUCUCUCUGUGCUGUGAGCUGUCUAAGCCUGGAGUGUCAGUACAAUGGAAGAAGAACAGACUGCCACUAAGAGCCAGCAGGAAGUACGAGAUGAAGCAAGAUGGCUGCCUUCUCCGGCUGCACAUCAAGGAUCUCAAACCUGAGGACAGUGGCAGCUACUCGUGUCAAGCAGGAAGUGCGGAGACCACUGCAGUUGUGACAGUGAAAGAGCUAGUACCGUUCUUCAGAAAAGACUUACAGAGUGUAGAGGCUGAGGAGGGAGCUACAGCCUCUCUUUGCUGUGAGCUGUCUAAACCUGAAGUGUCAGUGCAAUGGAAGAAGAACAAGCUGACACUGAGAGCUAACAGGAAGUAUGAGAUAAAGCAGGAUGGCUGCCUCCUGCAGUUGCACAUCAAGGAGCUCCAACCUGAGGACAGUGGCAGCUACAUAUGUCAAGCAGGAAGUGCAGAGACCACUGCAACUGUGACUGUAAAAGAGCUUCGGCCAUUCUUCAAGGAAGAAUUAGAAAGUGUGGAGGUGAAGGAGGGUGGUACAGUCUCUCUGUGCUGUGAGCUGUCUAAAGCUGGACUGUCAGUACAAUGGACAAAGAAUAGGAUUCCACUAAGGGCAAGCAGCAAGUAUGAGAUAAAGCAAGUUGGUUGCCUCUUUCAGCUGUACAUAAAGGAUCUCAAACCUGAGGACAGUGGCAGCUACUCGUGUCAAGCAGGAAGUUCAGAGACCACUGCAACUGUGACAGUGAAAGCCCUAGAACUCACUCCACCAAAGGCAGAGCCACCCAUGAUACAACCUCGUGGAAAGGGCGCUGUUUCCAAACCAACUCCUACUCCAGAGACCCAAAAGCCUGGAUUCCCAGAGGCCAAACCUGUUCCUCCAGAGCCCAAAAAGAGAACUCACAGGAAAGCAUCUAUUGCAAGUUUAGACAAAGAUGUGGAGCCAAUGAUUGACCUUAAACAGGGUGUCCAAUCUGCAAAGCCUUCAGAGAAAGACAUUGACGUUGCACAGAAUGUAACACAAGUUGACAGACAUAUGGGGAAAGAUGUUGAGAUGUAUGAGAAAGUUGAGAAGACAGUGAGCCCGCUGGAAAAGGAUGACGGGGUUGACAGGGAGGUGGAAAAGCCAGCAAGGCCUUUGGAAACAGAGAAAGAAGCUUUCAUGGAGAAGAGACAACCAGGAAGGACUUCAGAGAAAUUAGUCAAGGGUGACCAAAAUGCAAGUCAGUUAGACAGCAUUUCAGGAGACACUGUUUUUGAAGAAAAGAAAAGAGACAAUGAGAUUGAACAGAGAUCAAAACUAACAAGAAAGCCUUCAGAGAGAACAAGUGACACUGAGAAGAGGGGAAGACAUCCAGAAAAAGACCUGUGGAAGAAGAGUGAAGAUGAAGAACAGCCUGUGAAACCAACAGAAAAGUUUAUUGGGAAUAGAUCAAUAAAGGAACAAGGAGAGAAGUCAAAGGAGGGCAAAGUAGAGGAAGAGGAACCUUUUAAACCACCUGCAAGAUCUAAAGGAAAGAUAACAGGGGCAAAGGAACCAAGUCAACAUGCUCCAACGGAAACUGAGGAGAUCAUCGUCCAAGCAGUAAAGCCUACAGUAAAUGAUUCAGAAGAAGACCAUAAACAGAGAGACCAGGUGAAACAAGUGUCCAUGGAGGCAGAGAGAGAGAAAAAGCCACUGAAACUAAUGCCUUCUGUAAAUCAGCUGGACAAACAGUCAGAACAACAACCAGUCAAAACUUUAGAAAAAGAGGCUGAAUUUGCUCCUCCAAAACCACCUGCGAGAAUAAAAAGUAGAGUAAAGGGGAGAAUGGAGACGCAAUCAUCGAGGGACACAGAGACGGAUCAAGAAGAUCUUCAGAUGACAAGAGCUGCGGUGAAAACAACAGAUGAUCAGCCAAUUAAACAGCCAAUAGAGUCUUUGAAAAAAGAUGGUGAAGAGAAGCAAAGAUUCGAGAGGAAACAAUCUGUAACAGACACUGAGAUAGUUGAGAAAAUCAAGCAACCUGUAAAAGUCGCAGAGAAGGACACAAACAUUAAACAGCCGAUCAAACAGCCAGUUAAACCCAUGAGAAAAGAACCUGAAAUGAACCAGGAAAUGAAGCUGGCAGUCGAGCCGAUGAGAAGGGAGGAAGAACAAACAAAGAUGGCAGAGGACAUUCCUCUCCUCUACAUUUCAGAAGAUGAAACUUUCUCCGAAGCUUUGACCGAGAUACCAGUGAACCACAGUGAUGUCCGACGUUCUGGCUCUUUUGUUGAAGGGUCAGCCCUACCUGCUACUCUUCCUCCAAGUAAUGUACCCCAGAAGGAUCAACCACCAACUCAAGUUACACCGGAGAUUGACAUCAGCAUUGAGGAUGAACCACAAAUGCAAGAGGCCGCAGUUAAAAUCCAGGCUGCCUUCAAAGGCUACAAAACCCGCAAAGACAUGCGACCUAUCUUUAAAGAAGUGUUCAAGAAUCAGAGUGCAGAUCUUCAUGGUACAAUGACUUUAGUGUGUGUUGUUGAAGGAAAACCCAGCACAGUGCGCUGGCUGAAAAACGGCCAACAAAUUACUAAUGAUUAUCGAUGCCGUACUGAGAGUACAGAGAACGGCGUGUGCACACUGGUCAUCAAAAACCUGACCACUAAUGAUGGAGGAAUCUACACAUGUGAGGUGGUGAACAAGUUUGGUGUGACCUCCUACAAUGGAAAUAUAACGAUAGUGCAGCCCCAGAAGCCUGCUCAAAUAGUUCAGAAGCCUGUACAUCCACCGCUUGCAGCCAUAACUCCUCUGCAACUCGCCCCACAAAAGCCAGAGGUCAAAACGCAUACCCAGGAUCUGCCUCAGAUUGAAACUCAGACACCCACUCCUGCUAUAGAUGCUGACAACUAUGUAGAAAAUGUGAGUGUGUCUCUGUGGGAGGCCUACAACAUGACGGAGCAGGAUGCUCAGACGAGGCUGCAGGAAAGGAGAGGAUCUUCACAGAUUGCCAGCUCCAUGUCAAGUCCUUCAGAUUAUGAAACGGCUCCGGAUAUGAUGGAACCUGUUGAGACUGUCCCAGCUGUACCGAGGGGAGAGACAAAAACAGUGGACCAAGUGCCUCCAAAAGAUGAACAAAUGAUUCCUCCACAACCUGCUAAGACACUGCUGAAGGUCAAAGCGGCUCAUGAUGGUAAAAUGAGGACACCAUCUCCUAAGCACCACCGUGCACACACACCCUUAACUAGCACCCUCUCUGGAUCAGAGUCAGAGGGAGAGGAGGACAACCGAGAGACAUUUGAAAUGUACGUGGCUCGAGCUGACUGCAGUCCAAGUAGCGGAAACAAGGACACUUUUGUUCUGAAGGAGGGACAGUUUGUGGAGGUCCUGGACUCUGUUCAUCCUGACAGAUGGCUGGUGAGGACCAAACCCACCAAAACCAACCCUGCCCGACAGGGGUGGGUGUGUCCAGCCUACCUGGAAAAGAAGAGGAAGGAGACCUUCCCACAACUGAGAGUCCCUCAAGAGGAUCUGGAUGGAAUUGGGUCGACAGGAGAAGAGUACAGGAGAGCUCUGAGCCAACUGAUCCAAGGCAUGAUUGAUGGAGAGGAGGAGUUUGUUAAGGAGAUGAAGAUGUUCACUUCUCACCAGCUCAAUUAUCUGGACUCUAGCUGCCACAUCCCCAUUAACAUCCUCAACCAGAAAGAGAUCAUUUUCAGGAAUAUCAAGGACAUUGUGUCUCUGCAUGAGAGGUCCAUCCUGCCAGGACUGAGAGACUGUGCCACAGACGAUGAUGUGGCCAUGCAUCUGAUCAAACACGCUGAGGACUUUGAGAAGUAUCUUCACUACAUGGUGGGACAAGCACAAGCAGAGGCCUGCGUUGCUGACAAGGCUGUCCAACAGUAUUUCAAAGAGUUAUCAGAAUCUGGUAAGCCAAAGGCUCCUGACAUGGACGUCCUCACUUUCCUCCAGAGACCAGUGGAGAGGAUUCAAACCUACCAGGCUUUACUGAAGGAGUUUAUCAAGAACAAAGCUAAAAGUGGCCAGAGCUGCUGUCUUUUGGAGGAUACGUUCUCCAUGGUGUCCUGUCUACCCUGGAGGUCUGACAACCUGCACAAGGUGUCUCUCAUCGAGAAUUACCCAGCUCCUCUCAUCGCCCUGGGCGAGCCCGUGCGACAGGGAGUCUUCACAGUGUGGGAGGAAUCUCCAGAAGUUAAGACACCCUCUAGAGGGCAUCAGAGACAAAUCUUUCUCUUCAAGGAAUGUAUCGUACUCUGUAAACUGAAAAGAGACACCAAUAUGAACAGUGACAUCUACACCUUCAAGAACAAAAUGAAGCUGAUGGAUGUGGAAAUAAAGGAGACUGUGGGAGGAGAUGAAAAGUCUUGGGGGUUGUGGCAUGAGCACAGGGGCUCGAUGCGGAGGUACACGCUGCAGGGUCGCUCCACGCUGGUGAAACUCUCCUGGCUCAAGGACCUGAAGGAGUUACAGCAACGUUCUAACCUGCCCACUAACAGCCCACCAGUAUUUGAGUCACUGUUGUCUGACUGCACAACAAAGAUUGGACAAACAAUCAAACUGACCUGUAAGGUCACAGGAUCACCAAAACCAGUGGUCAGCUGGCUCAAAGACGGCCUUCCUUUAGAGGACGACCCCCGUCACAUCAUCACAGCAGACCGGUUGGGCACCUGCAGUCUCAUCCUGGACAGCCUCACUGCAGAGGACUCUGGACAGUAUGCUUGCUACGCCACCAGCUGUAUGGGCAGCGCAGGGGUGGUACUGUGGCUAAGGUGA